CUUCAAUGUGUUUCGGAUUAAUGGUCUAUGCCAAUGCUCGGAAAAACAAUAAUAGUUUUACAUUUGAGCCUGACGUGCUACUACGCAUGCAAAGUAAUUCAAGCUUAAGGAUACUCUACUAUUUUAAACCAAAUAUGUAGUAAACACGCAAAUACUGUUAUACGUUAAUGCAUAGAACAAACAUUCUAAUACUAAAUGUUGAGGGUUACGGACGUAACUGGGGCGCGAGCACCCAAUAGCACGAUUGUACGGAUAUUUUCGUAAGCCAAAGAUAUAAUUUGUGGGCAGUGCAAUGCUUGGCCUCUUGCGAUGACGAACGUCUAAAUCGAAUCACGAUGGUCUGCUGUCGUAAUUGUGGUGCGUUUUGUCGCCGUUUAUUUUGCCGCCAAAACGAUGUUAAUGAAGAAAUUCCGAUUUCACCGGUAAUUUGAGAUGUUGUUAACAGCACUGUUACUGAAAGCUUCUGACACUCGACUAACUAUUCAGUUGGCUGAAGCACGAGAAGUUAAGUUCAAUCAAACGUUGAUAGACCCUCUUUCAAUUGGAUCUCAUAUCGUGUGUACGGGGACGCCUUCAGAAGAUUUACCAUGGUUUGCUAUAAACAUUGGUUGUGGAGAUGCCGAUUCGGGGCGUGGAGAUAUUGCCGUCCAUUUCAAUGUACGUUUACCCCAGUGUUAUGUUGUUAGAAACACGAGGCGCCAUGAUAAAUGGGGAGUUGAAGAGACUACAGCCUACAGUAAAUUCCCCUUCAAAAUUGACACACUAUUCACAGUAGAGGUGCUCGUAGAUGAGAAAGAAACAUUAUGGGCGGUGAACGGCAUCCAUUACUGUAGCUAUGCGCAUCGAAAUCCCAGUGCCCUGAUUGCCAACUGGGUGCAAGUAACCGGCGUAAGAGAUGCGACGUUGAAUGUACUAAAGACUGAAUUGUAUCCGACGCUGGCACCGCCUUUAUUUGAGGUACCACAGAGAGACUGUGUAAAUGGGCCAAUAAAGAAUGGCGAACCCAGUUGGCAUUCGAAUAUUAUAGCGACUUUACCAAUUGGAAUACCUGAAGAACAUCAACUAGUCAUACAUGGAAGACUCCGUCCAAUGCUUCACUCGUUCGUAUUGGACCUAAUGGACAAUGCGCGUGAGUGGCCGCGUCCUAACAUCCUCUUACACGUGAACCUGCGCGCGCACGUUGACUCGCAACUCGAUCGACAAUUGGUCGUUCUCAACGCUUGGCUCGGCGAUUGGGGUGCUGAGAGACGACAACGGACCGCCAGACUUAUACCUGGCUCUAAGUCAACCGUUCGCAUAGUGAGGGGCUCGAGUGAGUGGAUGGUAUAUGCGAAUGAUCUACUUAUUGGGGAAUUCGAGUACCGCGCAUCUCCUGUUGGCGUGACAGCUAUGCGUCUACGUGGCGAUCUAUAUCCGGAACAAAUUUACAUAGCACCGUCAAGUAGCUCACCUGUUUACGAAAAACCGACCUCAAUAUAAUCAAAAAUUGACAGUUAUUAAGUGAUCUAUGCAAUAUAUGAGAAUACGGCAAAAGUAUUUCAAUUUUUAAAUAACGGAUGGAAAACUAGGACAUGAAAAUGUAAUGUAUAAUUCAUGGAAGACAAUCUCGAAUAAAUUAUGCUUUUAAAAAUAAUAUCUGUAUUUUGACAUUAUAUAUUAAUGAAAUUGUAAAUAUGAAGAAUCAAUUAUUAUGAGAUAUUUAUAUUGUAAGCGUAAGGCAAGACUUAAGUGUGCACUUAUAUUAUUAUUAGAUGCUAAUUGUGAUAAACUUUUAAUAUUUCAAAAAAAUCUCUUACCUAAAUCUUUGAUUUUCUGCUAUGUAUCUAAAUAAACUAUGAAAAAGUAGCAAAAUAAUCACUCACUCAAUCACUUUUUUGUAUUUCGUUUAUAUAAGUUGUUCUAGUGUAUCGGAAUUAGCAAUGAUAAACAUUUUUAUGACUUUAUUUUGUUGCUAUUAAGCGUGUAUACAAUGUUAUAUAUUCAGCGUUAUGUACACAUUUCAUAUAUUUUUAGCAUUUGUUAGGACGUAAGUUAUAAAAUUAACGACUAUAUUUAAGCAUUUACUGUUUUUGGUUAAUUUGUAAUAACCGAUGAAUUGUGAUAUUUAUGGAUUUUAUUUAUCGACGUUGAAUUUGUUAUGUGUUGAACACACAAAUUCUAAUAUAAAUAUGUUCCAAAGUUUAUCAAUGAGUUUGACGUAUUUUACUGAUUUUUUGCCGUACUAAUUAUUAAGUGUUCUCAUUGAGUUUUUGUAAGACAACAAAGUGUCGAAAAUAUAAAUUAAAUAUCCCGUGCAAGAUUAUGUAUUUACAAAUUAUUACUAUGAAAAUAAUGAUAUAUUGACAUCACGUUUUAAUUAUAUGUGCCAUAAAAGUUAUGUACAAAUCACACAAUAUUAAGAUUUAAAAUCGACUGUAUUUGGAGUGGUUACCAUUUUAUUGCGAUGUUACAAUUAUAUUAUGAAUAUAUCUCGUUCACUCUAAUAAAGAUUUAUAAACGAA